GAUUCCAGAUCGUCCUCAUGCUUUGCUGUUCCAUUAGGAUUCUUGUUUUCUUAAUGAAGAAACUCUUGAUUAGCUAUUUAAAAUGCAUACACAGGAUACUCCUUUCCAAAAGAAAAAAAAACAUGAAUCUGGACGCCCAAAAAUCAAAGCGUUCUACAAUUACCUUAUGUGCCUCGUCUCCACCGGUUGAAAACUUAUGACCAUCGCAAUAGUUAGACUCAAGGAUUGGAAAACUAAUAGUUGGCUUUUAAUUUAAGAAAAACUUUGGAACAAUGAAGACUGUAGACGUUACACAUGAGUAGUCGGAGUCGAUGUGAACCCAAGAGCCAUGGCGGACAGAAACAUAAACACUAAAGGGCCUGUUUGCAUACUUUGUAUAGGCCUUGUAAAUUUAUCAGAAACCCAAAAAAGCUCGAUACAAAGAUUCGUCUUUGUUAAUUUUUUUUAGGUGACAGGUGUUCUCAUUUGCCCCAUAAUCAAUGUUGAUGUGGCUUAAUAAGGAGAGAGACAAGCCAACUUUAUUGUAUAAGAUUGCAAUAGUUUAUUGUGUUUAGUAAGCGAUAUAACAUUGAUUUGCUAAAUGGCUAAAAUUACAAGUAUAAUGAUUUUGACGUAAUUAAAUUAAUAACAUUGAUUUUGACGUAAUUAAAUUAAUAACAUUUAAGGUGAAACCCAUUCGGUUAUACCCUUUAUUACAACAAGUAACCGGUGACAAAUAAAAUAGAAAUGACGUCGAUACUAACUUAUAUAACCCACAAUUUUAUAUGUUAUGUUCAUAAAAUAAAAUUGACAUUCAAAUUACUAUACCAUAUUGAUUCACAAAGUUUUGUACCAUAUCACCAAAAUAGUACAAGACAUCAUUCUUAUCACAACCUCUAGAUACUAAACCUUAUCCUAACCUCACCUCUAACCCUUAAAUAUUAAAGCUUAAAUCCUAAUCACUAAACUCUAAAUCCAAAUAUAAACCCUAAACUCAAAUAUAAUCCCUAAACCCAAAUAUAACCUCUAAACCUAAAUAGUAUGGAAUGUUUAUUAUUGUAUGGAAGAAGUUAAUGAUGACUUCAAUCUCAGUCCCACUUUCUAAAAUAUUAAACCUUAAAUUCUAAUCACUAAACCCUAAAUUCAAAUAUAAAAAUUUUCAGAUAUAUUAUGUACUCUUAAAUUAUAUUGUGUAAUAUUAAACUAUACAAUACAAAUCUUUCAUUGUAAUAAUCUAAUUUUAAAUAUAAAAUAUAAUCAUUAUAACUAGAAUUAUCCAUUGUAAUAAACUAAAGUAUUCUAUUCCAUAUCACCAAAAUAAUAUAGAACACAAACCCCAUUUCAACUCCUAAAUAAUAAAUCAUAUCCCAAUACCACCAACAACACCUAAAUACUAAACCCUAAACCUUAUUCACUAAACUCAAAUAUAAAUUUUAAAUCAAAAUAUAAACCGUAAACCCAAAUAGAACAUAACAAAAAAUAUAGUAUAGUAAAUCUUAAGUAUUAAACCUUAAAUCUUAUUUACUAAACCUAAAACCCAAAUAUAAACUCUAAAUCCAAAUAUAAAUCCUAAACUCAAAUAGAACGGAACAAAGUACAUAGUAUAUAUUGAUGAAAUUAUGAAAUGUUUAUGAUUGCAAGUAAGAAGUUAAUGUUUACCCCAACCUCCACAUACCAUAUACUCCCUCUAUUCCUAAUAGUAGAAUGUUUAGGUAGAAACAUAUAUAUUAAAAAAACUACUUUUUGUGUAGAAAGUAUCAUUAAAACUAUAAACUAAUGAUAUUCAACCAAUUAAAAAAUAAAUUAUUAAAAUAUGAUUGGGUACACAGUUUUUAAUAAAGUAAAAGUUACCUAGAAAAAUGAAAACAUCUUAUAUAUUGGAACAUCAAAAUUCUGUAAAACAUCCUACUUUAAGGAACAGAGGGAGUACUAAAUACUAAACCCUAACCCUAAUCAGUAGCCCUAAACCCAAAUAUAAACCUUAAAUACAAAUAUAACUCUAAAUCCAAAUAGAAUGAAACAAAAUAAAUAGUAUAGUAUAUAUUGGUGAAAUUAUGAAAUUAUCGAAAUAGUAUAGGACUCUUACUCUACCCACAACCUCUACAUAUUAGACACAAAUCCAAAUUUAAGUAGUAAACCACAAAUUGUAAACAUUGGUGAUUAGAUGAAAAAAAAAGAACAGAAAAGGAAGAAAAAAUGCAACUGGUAAGAAGAAGAAAGAGAAAAGAUAGAAUUGCUAUUAUUAUAGAAUAUACAUAGAAUAUCGGUUUGACUUUUUUUUGUUUGUUAGUUUGUGAAUUAUAAAAAAAUUGAACGUCAUAGGUGCAAUUUCCCUAUAAGAUAUCGUUUUACGUCAAAUAUAAACUAUGCUUUAAGCAUACCAACUAUUCAAUCUAAUAUUCAUAUAUAAUAAAGCAGUUUUCUCCCUUUUUGCAGAUUUCUUCUUUGAAAAUAUUAUGUUAGUUAACAUGUUCUUGAAAUUUUUUUUAAAGAACGGUAACAUUUUUUUUAAAGGCAUUUGAAAGGUCUGAUUCGAAAAAAAAAAGGUCUGAGUCGUUUAAAAGAAAAAUCGUUCAUGAUCUAUAAGAGUUCAUGAGAAGCAAAGUUUCAGGACCCUAACUAGAGUCAUGGAAGGUUCCAGUAAUGAUAAGCUGUCUCUUAUUCCUCAUUCAAUUUCAUUUUCAAUAGUUUAUUCUUCUUGGAUUAGGACGGUCCAACAUGGACAUUUAUAUCUACACAAAAUUUAAGACUAGUCUUCUCAAGUUCAUCAUUACACAUGGAUGACAUUUUGGGGCAUCUUAGGGUCCGAAUGGUGAUCGCGGAAUUGAUAAUAUUAGCGGGACAAAAUUUAAGUACGGUACAGUCCAACUGCGAUUCGUGCUGUUUACAGGACAAGUGCGGUUUAAAAAAAUUAGCGGUGCGGAAUUGUGUUGAUUGGUAAACAUGUAUAGUUUGCGGAAUUGAACAAUUCAAAAAACAAAUGUUAAACAAAAAUAUCAAUGAAAUCAAGUAUAAUUUAAAGUUAAAAUGCUCUAUUUACUGAUGUAAUUUUUUUUCUUAUUUAGAAAAUUUUAAUACCAAAAUUUAUCUGAAUUAAAAAUUUAAAUUACAUAUAUAUUAAAAAAAAUAUAAAUACAAAAAAAAAUAUUAUCGACUAUAAGUUUUCUUUAUUAACAGAAAUUUUAAAUACCAAAAUUUAUUUGAAAUAAAAUUUUACAUUUGUAUAUAUAUAUAUAUAAUUAAGUAAAAUACAAUAAAACAUUAUUGAUGAUUUUAUUUUAAAUACUUUUUGGGUAACUUUGAAGACCGUAUAAAAUAUUUAUUUUACAAAUUAUACUUAUUAAAUAUUUAGUUAUUACAAAAUUAAACAUAACUAAUAUUCAUUUUAUAAUAUAUAUUAUAUUUUAGAUAUUUGGUAUCUAUUUAGUUAUAGGUUUGGUAAUGUUAUUUUAGAUGUGAGAGGGUACACAAACUAUGUUAGGUAUUUUCUCAUAUAAUUAUAUCAACUAAUAAAAACAGUUUGAUAUCUACAGUUUAUUUUAAAACUAAUAGAAUAAUAGCAAAUCAUAAUGUAAUGGAAAAAAAUUCAAAAGAAGAAAAAAAAACAUAAAGAAAUAUGAUGUUAUUACAUUAUCUUUUUUUAUUAUUAUAUUAUCUUAUUAUGAUAUGAAAAUUAAAAUAAUGGUUUAUAAACUGAUUAUAUUAUAAUUAAGAUAGAUUAACACUAAUAAGGUAAACUUUUUCUAUAAAUUAAGUACAUUAGAAGGGGAUAACUUAUUAGUAAAUGAAGUAUAAUAUUAGUAUCCACAUAAUAUAUUGUAUUGCAAAUAAAUGAUUUUGUUGAAAAAGCUAGACACUGUUGCGUAAUUGAACAAAACCGCAUGAUAUUGCCUUCCUUGUAUUUUUCAUGUGCGUAUCAACAUUUUAUAGUGCAUUUUAGAGAAGUGCGGUUUUGACUUGUCUCUCUCCUAAUAUCGCACAUCAGAAAACAAAAAACAUGAUUGGUAACUGAACUGUGGUUUUCAGAAAACCGCUUUGAAUUCCGCUGUCACAUAUUCACCAAUCACUACCUUAAUAAUCUCAUUAUAAAAUUUGAACUUAAAGCCCAAAUUUGGUCUCGUAUAUGCAUGACAAAUCAAAAAGCUUUCCAAAUAGCAAAAUGUUUUAUUUUUCUUAGGAUUCGAAUGGUAACCGCACUUUUGAUAAUAUAAGCGGUGCAGAAUUAAUGUGCGGUGCAGAAUUAAUGUACGGUACGGUCCAACUGAUGUUCAUGCGGUUUAUGGUGUGGAUUUGAUAGAAAAAGUAGUGCGGAUUUGAUAGAAAAUAUAGUGCGGUUUUGAUCAAAAAUAAAGCAAUUUUGUAGAAAAAAUUAUAUAUUAUUGACAAAAACAAUGCAAAAUAAAUAUAUCAACAAAUAUAAAUAAAUAUAAAUAUUUUACAAUUUUGAUAUAUAAAUAUUAAAAAUAAAAUAAUUAUUAUUUUAAAUCAUGUAAUUCAAUUAAUUUUAGUUUUGAACAUUGUCACUAAAUUUAUUGAGUUUGACCUCUUUUUAAUAAUUUAAAGGGUUUAUCCGAAUACGGUUUUUAACACAAGCCGAAAACAAAUAAAAAGAUGUACAAACAUUAAAUUUAUUUUUAAAAAUGUUUAUAAAUAAUCACUUAUAGUUUUUAUAGUUAUCUUUUGUUACUUUUAUUUUUAUUAGUUUUAGAGAAAUUAUUUUUACAAAACUACACACCUAAAAUUUCAAGUGUCAAUGUGUAGUAUGUUAUUGGAAAAUCCGCUGCUUAUCACACACCUAAAAUUUCAAGUGCGGUAUUUUGUAGAAUGAACUAUUUUACAUGCCUACAACUCCAUGUGCGUAUUUCAUCAUGUUCCUAACAAAAACGCAAAUGCUUUUCGUUUAUUUUGUGAUUGGUGUGGCAUGUGCGUUUUUUAAAAUAACGCUUCACAAUACGCACCGCACAAGGUCGCCAAUCACUACCUUAGAGUCUGAAUGGUAACCGCGGUUUUGAUAAUAUAAGCGGUGCAGAUUUCAAGUGAGGUACGGUCCAACUGCGGUUCGUGCGGUUUGCGGAAUAAGUGCGGAAUCGAUAAAAAAAAGUAGUGCGGUUUUGAUAAAAGUAAUACGGUUAUGAUGUAAGAAAUAAUGUUAAAUAAAUUUACCAAUACAAUUAAAAAUUAUGUUUAGUUGUCUAGUGAUGAUGUCAUAAUAUAUUUAAUAUAGUUUUAGAUAUUACAUUUUAUUUGAAACAAAAAAAUCAUUUUUUAUAUAAAUAUAUACAUAUAUAUAUAAUACUUUUGAAAAAAAGUGAGAUAUUAAAAAUUGUUUGAAAUAAAAAUUCAAAUUUAUAUAACUAAGAAGGAGAACUCUUUAAUCUAAAAACUCAAUUUGGUUUCGGUUAAGUUUACUUGUUAUUGUACUAUAAUUUUUAUAAAUAUAUAAUAUAUACAUAUAUAUAUAUAUAUAUAUCUAUUUUUAAAUUAAAGUGAUACAAUUAUAACUAAAUAUAUUUUAUUAAUAUUUAAUAAACAUAAUAACUAGAUUAGUAUUAAUACUAUUAUCUUAUUUUCAGUUUAUGAAAUCAAAUUAUUUUAUUUUAGUUUAAUUUUUAUGUAUUAAUUAACCAUUUAGUUAAAGUAAUUUUAAUUUAGUCUAUUUAGUUUUCAAAAUAAGGAUUUUUUUUGUUUUUGUUAUAAUUAUAAAAAAAUAUCUUAAAAUAUGAUGUACAAUGGGUAUAUUUACAUCUGCCAACGUGGGUAUUUUAUAUUAUUAAAAUUAACUUUUUUUAAACAGUAACCAGUGCUGAAUUGCCAAAAACGCUGGGUAUAGAUUGUUAUGCGUUAUUGGACUAUGGUCUACUAACAGCUGCCAUUUUUUACUCCUGUUGCAUAUUUAAUGUUACUUUACUUUUAGAAACGCCUUUAUUUAAGCAAAAUGUUUGAUUGGUGUCUUAAAUGCGUUUUUCACAAAUCUACACUGAAUUCUGAGAUUACAUUGUUUCCAUUCAUAACCUUAAUUGCUAUUUUGGAUUUAUGACUUAUCACGUGUGUAAAUUAUAAUAUAUAGAGAUUCUAAAGUCAGAUUUCACAAUGAAAUAAUAAAUAAUUUUUGCUUCUAAUUUCUUUUGUACAAUUGAAGCAUAAAGUUUCAUAUUUCCGAAUUGUAUUUGUGGGUUUUAUGUAGUAGUACUGUACUCUUUUCACGUUCUUAAAUAUAUCUGUUUAUUCCAUAUUCAUGAAAAAAAAUUAGAAAUGUUCUUAAUAAAUGUUUAAGGCCCCAAAAUUUUCAGAUAUGGCCCUGGUAUUAUUCCACGAAUUACCACAUUCCACUUAAACGUUGCUCUCAAAAUAUGCACCGUACUCUUGUGUUUUCACUUAUCAGUGUGUCUGACCUAUUUUCGGUCGCAUGCGUCUAAAUAGAGAAGGAGAGAUAAAAGAGAGAGUUGAAUAUAUACACAGACUUGUUUUUUAUUUUGUUAACCCAUAUUAGAGAAUUAAGCCCAAUAAAGAAGAAAUAGGUUGUCCAUGAGAUAAGAAAGAAUGACUUGAACCUGUGGACGUCCUUUAGAUUUUCACUUGGUUUUGAGUUUCAGUGGUCAGCUUUGUACUUUACUUUCUCCUGGGCUGGUUUGAACAACAAAACAAAGGAGUCGACACUUGCGAUUCAGAACGUAUAAAUGUAUAUCAUUAGUGUUAUCUUUUAAAUUUCAUUAAACACGUUCAAUCUUUAGAAAUAGGACCGGAUUUGAAUUUUUCUUACACGAUUUUUUAAAAUGUCGCAUAUAAUAUAUUCACUAUGUUCCUAAAAGAACCAUAUUCUAGUUUUUUUACACAUUAUAAUAAAACACAUUAAAUUUGCAUAAUUUUUGUGUUUAUAUUCUUUCCACAAUUUUAAGCCAAUAAAAAAUCAAUUAGUGAAAUUAAAAUUUUUAAAUUUUGCAAUUAAUUAAUAAAACAUGCAUUGAAAAUAUAAAAAAUGAAUCUUUUAAAAAUAAUUUUUUUUACUCGUCCUCCAAACCUAUAUUGAUUGAUUUCUUUUUAUUUAAGUUCAUAUAUUCUUAAAAUGACUUUUUGGUAUGAAAAAAAAACAUUGAGGAUAUAAGCAGUUUUAUAAAUGAAUGCUAAUCUUUGGACGUUUAAAGAACUUGCAUAGUUUUUGAAAAUAUACUAGUAAGAAUAAUAGGAGAGUCUUCUCUAGCUAUACAGAUUAUUAAUCUCAUUGAACAAGAUUUUAAAAUUUGAAACUGUGUUUUAUCUCUUUAAAAUCUUGGGAUAAAUUACCCACACGUACAUAUCUAAUCCAUGACUUGUGGAUUAGUUAUAUUGAAAUCUAAACUCGAAUUAUCAAUAGCUUUGUAUCCCCAUUAGUCAUGUUAUUAGUGGCAAAAUUUCCAAAAUACAGAUUAUGUCACGUAGCAGAAUAUAGUAAUUUGUGUCUUUGUGAUAUUGAUAUCGGUACUCACUAUCCAAAGUCAGACUUAAUUUUUUACCAAAAGGUGAUAUCAAACUUAAACAUUGUAAGUAAUUUAUGUUGUCAACUCCUGAGAUGCAUAUUAAAAUCAGACGGUAAACUAACUACUACAAGGUGGAAAUAAUGUUUGCACUAACAUAAAAUAUUGGAAAAUAUAAGAGAUUGCAUAUGAUUAUAAGGUCGCUCAAAAUUAAUAAUUUCGUAAUUUCAUCUUCAUAUAUAAAGAUUUAAAUUUGAUUUUCCAAAUAACAAUACUUCUUGAAAGUAAAUUUUCAAUUCUUGGAUUUUCGAGUAUUAAUUGGAUAUUCAAAAAUAUGCUGUAUAAAUAUCUAGGACAUCGAAAACUCGUAAGUAUCUACGACAUUUCUCUCUCCCUUAUCCUCUCAUCCCUCUCUUCUACCCCCCUCAAAAACUCGCCUCUGCAUCUCCGGUGACCGGCGCGUGGCGGCUCCGUUAGCGCCACCGCCGGUCCCGUUAGCUUUCUUUUCUUUGUAUUGUGUAGAUCUUCGGUUUAGAUUCGUUUAGGGCUCGCAUCUGGGUUAGCGGGUGGUGUUUGUUCGAGGAGCUCGUGUUGGGUCAUGGUCUCCGUGGAGGUUGGGUGGCCUGUGGUUUAGGUCAGCUUCCGGUGUAGAUUGGUGGCUUUUUAUCGAGUUAUCUCUUCAGUCCUUUCAUAUUUUGGGUUGGUGAUGCGAUUGGUCUUGUUGUGUUUUAGCGGUGGUGUUGGGUUUGUCUGUUGUGUAAGUCAUCCUUGUUGGUGUUUUGUUUUAGCAUCGGUUAGUAUAUGGUUUGGCCAGUGUAGUUUUCGAUGUCGCUUUGCUUGGGUUGUGAACUGAUUUAGCAGAUUUAGUUUCCAAUGGUGGUGGGUUUAGUGAGUGCUUUCCUUCGGUUCUUCUGCCGUGAGUGACUCCGGAGAGUUCUGUUGGGCAAGGCUUCGAUUUCGAUGUUGUGUUAGUUGGACUUCUAUUUAGGGGAUAGUGGGCACUGGUGAGUGUGUCACACCCGUAUCCGAAGGUAGUGUUGAUCGAGGUGUGGUCCUGUGAUCCUCUUGUCGGGUUAUGAAGUCUUGAGGUUCUUGGGUUCUUGGACGUUAUAGGUCGUGGUGUCUUGGGUGCGAGAAGUGGAGGUUAUCGGGUGGCGAUCAAGGAUCAGCAGCGAUAAUUCCCGUUCAUUAGCCUCCGUCAAGUUCUAAAAUUUGCUAAGUUGGUUGCUUAAUUCCCAGGUAGGAUAGUAAUCGUUUUACUUUGGUUAGUUUGGUUUUCAACUUUUGUCUUGUGUUUGUAAGUUACCCCUGUGUGGGUUCUAGCUGGCGCCUACAUGUGGGCUUAUGUGUAUGUUCUAACUGCUGCCUCCUGUAGGCUUAUUCGUCUGGGGAAUGUUCGAUUAUCUGUCAGCUCUCUUGUAACAAAACUAGUACUUUUCAUUGGAAUGAAUUUUAAUUUGUGAAAAAAAAAAAUUAUAUAUCUAGGACAUCUGUCCAUUCUCUUGCUCAAGACCCAACCAUAUGUUACAGACAUCGGUCAAGGCAAUAAUAUAUGUCAGACGGUCUGACUCAGACCUAUUGCGAAGAUUGCAUGACAAAUCAUCUCAUUUCACGUGUAAGGCGGAGAUUGUACGUUGAUUUUUCAGACCAAUAAACAAAUAUCUCAUGAGUGUUUCAGAAUUCAACUAUUAAUAUAUCCAGAAAACGACACCAUUUAGUAGCAGUCUAGCAGCCUCUUGUUGGUCUUUUAUUUCUUCAUAUGAAACCUUCGAACGUGCCGAAGACCGAGGAAGUUUCCAUUUGAAUAAUUCAGCCUUUUCAACCAAGAAAAUUCGCCAAACGCAAACAAUGCCUCAGCUUUCACCAAAUCAAAGUCGCAAAAUCUUCCUAUGAUCUUCUUUUCAAAACUAUUACAAAUCAGCUUCAAACGAUUCUACCCAUUUUAGCUUAUAUAUAGCCCCUCUCUCUAAUCUAAAUCCCAACAUUACAAUGAUAAGGUUUUGCGUUUUUGGCGCUUUCUUGUUGUACCUAGUUGCUUCUCCCGUUUCCGCCGGUUUCUACCCCAACGGCUCAGCUAUUCCGCCGGAUCUCCGCCGUAACAUCACAGACAACGCAUGGAACGCAUUCUUGAAUUUCACCGGCUGCCAUGCUGGCAUGAAAGUCGACGGCCUUUACAAGAUUAAACAAUACUUCCAACAUUUCGGUUACAUCCCCCUAACUCUCCCCGGAAACUUCACCGACGACUUCGACGAUAUCCUCAAGAGUGCCGUCGAGAUGUACCAACGGAACUUCAAGCUAAACAUCACCGGAGAACUCGACGAGCUCACUCUUCAACACGUCGUGAUCCCGCGCUGCGGCGUUCCCGACGUCGUCAACGGCACCUCGACUAUGCUUAGCGGCGGUGGAAGAAGAAGGACCUACGAGGUCUCCUUUUCGGGGAGGAGCCAACGUUUCCACGCGGUCAAACGCUACUCUUUCUUCCCCGGAGAGCCGCGGUGGCCGGAGCGCCGCAGAAACCUAACCUACGCGUUCGACCCAAGAAACGCGUUGACCGAGGAGGUCAAGAGCGUGUUCUCACGCGCGUUCGUUCGCUGGGCGGAGGUGAUACCUCUGACUUUCAGGCGCGUCGAAAGCUUCUCAACCUCCGACAUCAGCAUCGGAUUCUACACCGGAGAACACGGCGACCGUGAACCGUUCGACGGCUUCAUGGGAACCUUAGCGCAUGCGUUCUCGCCGCCGAACGGACAUUUCCACCUUGACGGCGCCGAGAAUUGGAUAGUCUCCGGCGAAGGCGGCGACGGGUUUCUCACGGAGAGGGCGGCUGUCGAUCUUGAGUCGGUGGCUGUUCAUGAGAUAGGACAUCUUCUAGGGUUAGGACAUUCCUCGGUUCAAGACUCUAUCAUGUUUCCGACCAUCACGACAGGGAGGCGUAAGGUUGAUUUGCAUAGCGAUGACGUGGAAGGUGUUCAGUAUUUGUAUGGUUCGAAUCCUAACUUCAACGGGUCUAGAACUCCAACACCGGCCACUGAACAACGAGACACUGGCAGUGGCAACUCCGGUGCUGCUGGGAGGAUCGACGGUUAUAGUUCGGUUUUGACUAGUCUAUUGAUGUCCACCGUUGGAUUGUUGAUGUAUAUUCUGUAGAUAAUUAAUCUCUUACAUGAUUUGGUUAGAUAAUUAGUUUGCAUAUACGAUUUAUUAUUUAAAGUUUUUUUUCAUUUUCAUAUAUAUAUUUUCUCUUACUUAGAGGUUGGUUCUUCAUUCAUGCAUUGUUUCUAUUUUUGUACAUUGUUUUGAUACUAAUUAAGAAAGAUUAAGAUGAUAUUUAUGAAUUA